AUUUUGGGAAAACAGCUGAUAUGACUGCUGCUGCUUUUCUUCUGCAAAAGACCGGCAUUACAUACAUUUUAUAUUAAAUAAGAAAAUUAAUAACAAUAAUUAGGUAUAAAUAAAACAAAAUGCGAUUCCCUUCAAAUAAAACAUUGGCUAAAUAUGCUGUCUACAUUGGUAUAGCCGGCAUUUCAAGUGUCAUGUACAUGAGAUGGAAAAUCGAGGAACGUAUACGUAAUGCUGAAUAUUUUCGUUCGGCUUUCAAGAUUUUGAGGCAACAUAGAGGAGCUGUAAGCCUAUUGGGUGAACCCAUAAAAGAUAUGGGCUUUGAUAUAGGUGACUCGAAUAAUUCAUGUGAUGGCCAAACGGCUAAUUUUGAAGUAUCAGUUAAGGGCUCCAAGGAAAGAGGUAAAAUGUUCUUUUCGGCCAUGCGCAGCGAUGAAGCUGGUUGGAUAAUAAAUCGCCUGGAGUUGGAGCUAAAAUCACAGCCCGACAAAAGAUUUAUAAUACAAACGCCAACGGAAAAUUCUGCACCAUCUAAUGAAUAGUGAAACCAAACGUAUUUAUUUAAUCUAAUACGAAAUAUGUACUGUUAGAAUUCUUUUUUUAUUAUUAUUGUUAUAAAUAAUAUUGCAUUUGGUUUAUGAUUUAUUUGACUAAAUAAAUGCUUUUUAUUAUCUA